ACGAACUGUUCUGAAACGCAGAGCUCUCCUGGUGGAACGCACGUCGCAAUGCUAUCGCAGGCAAGAUUAUAGAACGAAUGGACGUUCGUUUAGAACGCGUCAUUUCCGGUGGAAAUGACCGCGUGGAACACAAGCUAAGGAAAAAAAACAUGCCGUCACGGCGGAUCUGAUAACUGGGUCUACAGCCUCGCCACCCGCUAGGUAUAUAAAACUUUCUUUAAUAUGGAGCACAAGUAUCAAUCACCAUAUUAGGCACUGCCUUUAACAGACAUGAGAAAACCACACUGCAAAUCACCGCAGCGUAUUGAUGAUAGAAGAUCACCAUCUCCUUAUAGGUUGAAAUGUUCCCCAACUACUCGAGAAACUCUCACCUAUGCUCAAUCACAACGCAUGGUUGAAGUUGAGAUCGAAGGACGGCUACACCGAAUUAGUAUAUAUGACCGCCUCCGUGUUGUCUCUGAGGAUGAGCUCACAGCUCAAGACAUUACUGAAUGUACCAGCAACAAAGAGAACAAUGAACUUCCUUUGUCAUCAAACAUUGUAAAGUCCCCAUCAAAAUGUAAGAAGCGUGACUAUUUCCACAAACAGGUCUGUGGACCUUCAUCUGUACAGUUACCUCAGCCAAGAUUUCGCGUUCUAGAACCUGCUACACUUCCAGUUGCUCAAAGUAAUGGUACAUUGUCGGAUCCUUUUUAUCAGUAUGUGGAACAUUCGACAGAGGAAAUGGGCACAGUUGCUGAUUAUGACCUUGAUGAGACUGAUUUGGCCUGGCUGGACAUGGUUAAUGAGAAACGUCGAAAUGACGGUCUUUCUCCGCUGUCUCCAGACACCUUUGAACUACUGAUUGACAAGUUGGAGAAGGAGUCCUACUUGCAAAGCAGACGAUGGGAAGAUCCACUAUCAUCAACUGAUGAAGAUGCAUUUUGCUGUGUAUGCUUGGAUGAUGAGUGUCACAACAGCAAUGCCAUCUUAUUUUGUGAUAUUUGCAAUCUGGCUGUUCAUCAAGAGUGCUACGGUGUUCCCUACAUCCCUGAAGGCCAGUGGUUAUGUCGUUGCUGCCUUCAGUCCCCCUUGAACCCUGUAAGUUGUGUGCUGUGCCCUAAUCAAGGUGGAGCAUUUAAGCAAACAAGUGAUGGAAGAUGGGCUCAUGUAGUUUGUGCCAUCUGGAUCCCAGAAGUUUCUUUUGCAAAUACUGUUUUUUUAGAGCCAAUUGAAGGGGUAAACAACAUCCCACCUGCCCGAUGGAAGCUACUGUGUUACCUGUGCAAGCAGAAGGGGCAUGGAGCAUCUAUUCAGUGCAAUAAGGUUAACUGUUACACUGCAUUCCAUGUGACUUGUGCUCAACAAGAAGGACUAUUUAUGAAGGUGGAACCUAUAAGAGAGACUGGGCUAAAUGGCACCACUUUUACAGUGCGCAAAACUGCUUUCUGUGGUGCCCAUUGUCCUCCUGGGACACUGCAGAAGAAAACUUCUAAAAACACGCAAGAAGUGGAGCUUGAUAUCGAAGAAGUAACAGACACAGAAGGGAGAUUAAACAAGAAGAAAUGCCUUGGCAAACAAAAAAUCAAGAAGGAAUUAAGAGCGUCUCCAAGCAGUAAGAGAACACCACUACCAUUGUCUGUUUUAAGAAUACCCUCAAACAGGCUUAGUAAGCUUAGUAAUGGAAUCAAUGUGCAAAAGAAGACACAGUUCAUGCAACAUCUACAUAGUUACUGGCUUCUCAAACGUCAUUCCAGGAAUGGAGCACCUCUUAUUCGUAGGCUGUUUUCAAAUGCGAAGUCCCAAAGAAAUUCAAAUCAGAAAGAGAAAAAUGAGAAAACACUGGAAAUAAAGGAGGAGCUAAAGUAUUGGCAGAAACUUAGACAUGAUCUUGAAAGAGCAAGGUUGUUAACAGAACUCAUCCGCAAGAGAGAGAAGCUCAAGAGGGAGCAAUUAAAGGUGCAUCAGUCAGUGCUGGAACUGCAGCUGAACCCAUUCACUAUUUUGCUAAGAACAACUCUUGAUUUAUUGCAAGAGAAGGACCCAGCCAAUAUCUUCACACAGCCAGUUAAUCUAAGUGAGGUACCAGAUUACAUGGACUUUGUCCUCCGACCCAUGGAUUUCUCCACAAUGCGUCAUAAGUUAGAAUGUCACCAGUACCCAACUCUUCAUGCUUUUGAAGAUGACUUCAAUUUAAUGCUUUCGAACUGCCUACAUUACAACUCUCAAGAUACAGUGUUUCACCAAGCUGCUUUGCGCAUGCGCCAGCUUGGAGCUGCUGUCUUACAUCAUGCUAAACGCAAAGCAGAAAACAUUGGUUAUGAUCCACACACUUUUCUACACCUUGCUGAGCAACCUCGCAGUGCUGAAUACUACAGAUUCUCCUGGGAAGAGGUGGAUCAGGUUCUUCUUCCAGAGAAUCGAGCACAUCUUUCCUCCGAAUGCCAGCUCAAGGAGCUGUUGGAGAAGCUGGACUUUGUGACCAGUGCUCGUUCUAGUGGAGCUCGCACAAGACGCCUACGACUUCUGCACAGGGAGAUUAAUGUUUUGCGUCAGAAAGUAGCACCACGAAGCCAAGAUGUACGAGAGGCUAACACAGAUGACGCUAAUGGGUUUGCACCUUAUGUGAAGAUUGGGUCAGAUUCUGGUAGCAACCCACGGCUCAGCCGUGGGUGUGCCUUGCGUUUCUGUGGCAGGAGUCAGGUUCCUAUAGGAAAGCCAACACUUUCUCAAAUUCCUUGCCUUGCUGCAAUGAAAGAGGAUUCAGAAUACACUUGCCAAGGGAAUCUCUUGAUGCCAUUUAACGGAUCAAUAAAACUAGAGCCACUUUAUCUGGUAUGGGCCAAGUGUCGUGGGUAUCCAUCCUAUCCAGCCUUGAUAAUAGAUCCUAAGAUGCCAAGAGAAGGAUUGCUUCACAAUGGAAUUCCCAUUCCAGUACCACCCUUAGAAGUCCUUCAGUUGGGAGAGAAGAGACAUGUUGAAGCUAGGGGGCAGCACCUGUUUUUAGUUCUCUUCUUCGAUACUAAAAGAACCUGGCAGUGGCUUCCCAGUGACAAGUUGUUGCCACUGGGUGUGGAUGACACAGUGGAUAAACUGAAAAUGUUAGAAGGGCGUAAAACCAGCAUCCGCAAGUCUGUGCAAGUGGCUUAUGAUCGUGCCAUAGCCCACCGAAGCCGUGUUGGGGGUUCACACCCUUUCAUUACUUCAAACUACUUAUAGUGAUGUUUAUGUUUAAGUAUAUACUGGUUUGUUUAGCAUGUGCCAAAAUAGAGCCCUUAAAAUCUGUAGUGACACUAUAUAUAACUACUUUAUAGAUUAGAGUCAAUGUCUUCUAAUAUAUAAUUACAUCAGAACGUAAAAGUUCUUACAUUGCACACAAAAAAAAAUUAUAUAUUAAAAUAUAUGUAUAUGUUCUUCUAAAGUACUGUGUAGUGCUGAUAUCCAUAAUGAUUUUUAAAUUGUCCUUCAAAAUAUAGAAAUUGUAAGUAUAUAUAAAACCACAAUCACAUUUUAAUAGAGAAUGACUUGGAAGAAAGCCUAACUUGUUAUAAUCAUUCCAUAUAUGCCCAACCACAUAAUGUUUUGGCUGAUUUUAAACUGAACAAUGUUAUUUUAUUUUAUUCUUUUUACAUUUUUUUUGCAAUGGUUUAUUUUUAUAAGCCAAUGAGCCCAGAGAAAGUUAUUUUUCUCUCUUUUGUUUUAAUCAAUGUUUCAUGGUUUCAUAUUCUUUCUUCGUUCCUCUUGUGGUUGAUUUUGAACUGCCUUUUAAGUUGGAGUAUUUGUCUAAUAGCUGUGUUAACUAUGUGUUUAUAAAGCUUUACUAUAUCUAUGAUUUAGUCCAACGAGAUGGACAAAAUGCGUUUGAUGUUGUAUUGCACUUUUUGUACAUGUCUUAAGAUGUAUUUAACUUUGGAUUAUAAAAUAAAGUUUACCACUUGAAGAAAUUAA